GAAGCAUUAGAAGUCAUGAUUUUUCAUCUGUUUUAUGGCGUUAAUUUUAAUAUAACAGAAAGAAACAUGCUCAAAAGAUGUGCGUGGGGUAGAUGUGAUACCGACGCAAGUUAUCCCGACAGGAUGGGCAAUGGGUGUAUUUCAUUCCAUUUCCAAAACCAAAGGAAGACCGAAGUAAAUGUCUACUAUCUGGCAGACCACACAGCCAACUUAACGUCCAAAAGAUCAACAAGGAUGAACGUUUGUUCUAAGGUAAGUUACACCAACAUGGCUUUAAAUUUACCAACUUUACAGACAGUUAUUUGAUCGUCAUUAGCGAUGUAGAACUCUCGCCUCUGGUAGACUAGCUAACGCUAAUGUUAGCCCAGGUUAGCACACUAGCUGUUUAAUUUAGCUGUGUUUUCACUCACCACAUCUUAUUUUGAAUUCUGGACAUAUCCCUCCAUGGCUUGAUGAAGUCUCUUCACGAAGUAAUCAGGUGUUUCUGUGCCAAGAAUUUGUCGAAACCCUCUUAAGAUAGUGUUUGACACCGGCAGCUGCCAUUUUGAAGCAUUGGUCAGCUCCGGUUGUUUGUUAGCAAUAGUAACUAAGGGGGUGGGGCUUAGCAAUAGGUCAAUUACACUUAAGCAGCUAAGCUAAACGUGCUAGCGGUAGCUAGCUACUUAGCUACACGUCGGCGAACUUUUGCCCCUGUUAUUCAAGUGGAGAAAAUCCCACCGCUGCCACCAAUGUCACCGAGUAAAUAAGAAUACAAGCGGCAGUUUUUAGUGUUGACAGCAGCGUCCACUCUUUCAAUUACUCCCCCCCCCCCGCACCCACACACGUCAAUUCACACCUGGUAACAACAACACUACUUCCGUUAUUCCCUCACAAUAAACCUCGGCACAUCCUGUGUAAUGAACCGUAUCUGCCUUAGCUCCACUCAGAGCUGCUACAACAAAAAUAGGUUACAGUAGUGUGAAAUGGAAACAUCUUUGGUGUCCCAAUAUAUUCCACCAAGACUGUCAGUUGUAGGAUUUGCCAUCACUGUGGAAAGCCAUGUUUUGCUGCCACUAAGUUCAGGUCACUCCUAGUACUUUGUUUGAGCUAUAUUUUGAAAGAUAGAACAGUGAAAUAUAGGUGGGACAAAACAGUACGAAGAAAAAGAGGGAAUAUUUCCAUCAAAGGUGCAGUAAAAGAGGCAGUGCUGCAGACAAAGUGAUGGCGAUGAUGACCAUUCAGUAAAAGGAGGGGCAUCAUAGUUGAACAGACGCUGAGGAACAGGGGAGGAGUUGAGGAGAGCAGAAUUUGUUAUAUCAUUCAGAUUUUUCUAGAAAGCUGUCAGAGCUGCAGGUCUCUGCAGAGGAUGGAGGUCGAGGGAGAAGCCGAGCUCUGCUUCCCACAACUCCUCAACUCCUCCUGCAGGAAGCCCACCUCCACCUGGCCUGAAAGCCUUUUUCUUCAUGUCAUGCUGUCCUCCAUCUCUCUGCUCACAGUGGCUCUUAACCUGCUUGUCAUCAUCUCGGUCUCUCACUUCAGGCACAGACUUGUGUUUCAUUCGUUGGUUGAAAUUGUUAAUGUUUUUGUGAUGUUUUAGAAGAAUCCUUGAGAUGUAAAAUGAUCUAUCCUAGCGGUCUUUGUAAUGUGGACUUUGUCGUUAUAAUGAGACUUUCUCUUGCUCUUCAGGCAGCUCCACACUCCCACCAACAUCCUCCUCCUCUCUCUGGCCGUCUCAGACUUGCUCGUGGGCCUCCUGCUAAUGCCGGUUGAAAUCCUCUUGAAUACCUCCUGCUGGUUUUUUGGGGACAUCAUGUGCUCCUUGUAUAGUUAUGUGUCCUUCAUCAUUACUUCUGCUUCAGUAGGAGACAUGGUUCUCAUAUCUGUGGACCGUUAUGUUGCUAUCUGUUACCCUCUGCAUUAUAGCAGCAGAGUCACAGAGAGAAGAGUUAAAUUCUGUGUUUGUCUGUGCUGGCUUUGCUCGGUGUUUUACACCAGUGUCUUCCUAAAAGAAGACUUAAAUCAACCAGGCAGGCAGAAUUCCUGCUAUGGGGAGUGUGUGAUGUUUUUGGACUUUAUUCAGGGAACUGUUGAUCUUGUUUUAACCUUCAUUGCCCCCAUUUCUGCCAUCAUUGUUCUGUACAUGAGAGUGUUUGUCGUGGCUGUGUCUCAGGCUCGAGCCAUGCGUUGUCAUGUUACAGCUGUAAGAGUCCAGCUCUCAUUCCCUCUAUCUGCAACAAAAUCUGAGCUCAAAGCAGCCAGGACUCUUGGUGUUCUCGUCAUUGUGUUUUUGGUCUGUUUUUGUCCAUAUUACAGCUUGUCUCUCGCAGUAGACAGUGUGCUCAGUGAUUCAUUCUCAUCAUUUGUGGUCUUUCUCUUCUAUUUUAACUCCUGUCUGAACCCUCUGAUUUACGCCUUGUUUUAUCCAUGGUUUAGAAAAGCGCUUAAACUCGUUGUGACUCUUCAGAUCCUGCAGCCGGGCUCCUGUGAGGCAAACAUGAUGUAGAGAGUUUUUACUUAAUUUCCGAAAAUCCACAUAGAUGUGAUUUUCCUUUCUACAAUCCUUAUGUUAGGGUUUCAUUUGAUUGCAUAUUAGACGGAUGAUUCUCACACAGUAUGACAAAAUCUAUCCUUGCUGAUUUCACUCAAUGUUUUGUGUCUCUUUAAAAAGGCAAAAUCAAACCAUAAUAAGGCUGUCCUUGUUUUCAGACUUUUGCAUUGGCCUUGGCUGCAACAUUGAUGAUACUUUUGUAUGAAAUCACAGAAUAGGUACUUUCUUUUUAAAGAGACAGGUGUAUUAGUUUAAUCAUGGCAUGCUUUUCAAAGCUAUCUGUUGAUGUUUUAACCAUUUAUCUGUCAAGCUGCACCUUAUAAGAUUUUGUACAUGGCAUUUAUUUCUCUAUUUGCAGAUAAUGUAAAUUACGUGCUUGACACCUGAAUGUUUGCAGUUAUGGUGCUGUGCUAUCUUAAAGCACAAACUGACCAUUAGUUCAAGACCUGCUUUACUUGAAAUGAUUUUUUAUUUUUCCCCUCUAAAAUGUCUGUUCCAAACUGUGCUGUUCUCUAAAUGUGCAGAGCUUUUCAUUCCUGAGCUUCAGAUAUCUCUGCACUUGUCAAAUCUAUUGAGACACUCUUCCCAAAAGGCUGAUAUUGAAAAAGACAAAUAGGAAAUGCAACGACUGUUUUAUUUGCAAUAUCAGCAGCAGGAGCCUGACACUCUCAAUACAGAUGGUGACGCUUAGCUUCAGCUUAAAGUUAGAGGUUUUUAGAUUUGAAGAAAAACCUCACUGUUCACAUUUUUCCGCAGUAGAUAUUUUUUCCCAACCACUCACAUUGUGUCAAUAACUGCUGGCAAACAAAAUAAAUGAAGUUUCUAGUUAAAUCUUUAGGUCAUACUGAAGUGCAAGCGGGCAUGUUUGAGUUUUGUCUUAUUAAAGCAAUUUUACAAAUGCAAAUCACACAUUAAAAACAUAACAAAUGACAUCAUGAAAUUCAGACUAAUGUUACGGUCAAAUGUAUGAUGAUAGAUUCAGUAACAGUUAAUCACACUGACAGUCUUCUGUUGUCACCUGAUGUUUUCAUCAAGGUUUUGGUGCCCCGAUGAUGUGCUUUUGUCUGACAAUGUAUUUUGUUGCUACAAUUUUUCUUCAGUUAAAUAAGGUAAUUUCACACCUACCCUGACAGAAUGACAGCAUUAUUGUACAUCAUUACACUUGUUUAUGACCCUGAUACACACCCACAGAUGGGUUCAUGAAGGGCUCGUUAAUGACCCACUGUGAAGUCGGACCAUUACCUGCAGAGGCAUGCCAAUUUCCUGCCCAUCUGUCCUAUACUUGUGCAAAACAAAACUAUUAAAAUUAACUAUCAAGAAAACUUUUAACAGGGUAUAAAUAGUGUUAAUAUAUGUUCCUAAAAUACACUGAAGAG